UCCAACAGAAAUUCGUGCCGCAGUAAUGUGGAUCCAUCACCUGUGAAGACGGACUACGAAAGAUAACCACAUAAGAUAACCAGAUAAGCACAGGCUUCUAGCCCUACUCCGACUGGCAAUCCUAUGAUGAAUCCAUUGUUGAUUGUCCUCUACCUUUUCUUAGCCUAUAUUGUGUCUGGGAUAAGGGGGCAGUCAUCAUGCCCCACCCAAGACAUCUCACCCUGCAAUUGCACUGAAAAUUCAAAUCAAGGUGCGACAGUGGAUUGUUCAAGUGCCAGAUCUGGUGCUGAGAUUUCCUCAGCAUUGUCGAAGAUCUCAUUGCCUUCUUCUCAACUCUGGGUGUUCCUCAUUCAAGACAAUGCAGCAGUAUUGGAGCUAAAAGAAGGAACCUUUCAAAGGCUUUCAUUCCACUCAAUAAAGAUUCUCAGAAGUUCCAUAAAGAGUUUCCAUCCAUCAGCCUUAUCACCUUUGCAACAUCAGCUCGAGAGUUUGGAAAUUUCUCUUAGUCGGCUGGAUGAAUUUUCCUUUCAUAACCUUUCGGAACUCCACCGCUUGAAAGAACUCCGGCUCCACAACAAUUUGUUGACCUCUGUAGCCGCCUUCAAGAGCGACAGCCUAGAAAUACUCAGUCUACAAAACAAUCAGAUCACGAGUGUGGAGUUCGAUGGACGGACCACUCCCAGAUUGAGAGAACUCCACCUCAACAACAAUUUCUUGACCUUCGUACCGGCCUUCAGGAGUGAUAGUCUAGAAAUACUCUUUCUUCACACCAAUAAGAUCACGAGUGUGGAGUUCGAUGGAUGGGCAACUCCGAAUUUGAGGGAAUUCGACAUUGGUAACAAUCCCUUGUUGAAGUUUCCAUCUGCAAUAGUCAAUGGCAUGAAGAAACUGGAAAAGUUGCAGGGCUAUGGAGCAAACCUAAGUCCCACCCUUUCAAGCGGUUUCCUGGAAUUCCAGAGCAGCGCCUUGAAAUUGGUAGACCUCCGGAACAACAGCAUCUUCAGACUGGAGCCAGGAGCUAUUGCAGGUCUAACACCCGAGACGACUGUUCAUCUCAACGAAAACAAAAUCAGUGUGGUGUCCGAAGGGAGCUUCCGCCCGAUCUUGGACAUCCUCUCUAUGGGAAAUGGAAUCCUUGAUUUAAGAGACAAUCCCAUCCAGUGUGACUGUGAAAUGUCAUGGCUAGUGCACGGACAGAAAUACCUAAGGAGCGUUUCUGGGAAGUGCCACAAUGGAACGGAAUUCAAGGACUUGGAUUCGGGUUCCUUAAAUCCUUGUCCUCGUGAAUGUCCCUACCAGUGCAUCAACAGUGCAUGGUUAUCUCUCUGUACGUCGGAGACUGUAUCUCAUUCACAUGUGCACAACUGUCGACCUGGAGAACUGUGCUGCCAGCCAUUCAUCCCAAAAGCCACUACAAUCACAUCUUCAUCAGUACCAGAUUUCCUCAUUGUGUGCGGGAGAAAGAAUUAUCAAGUGACAUUGUCCAAAGGAGGAAAGCCAUCACAGAUAGGAAAAUGGCCAUGGCAAGCGGCCAUUUACGACGUUAAGAAACAGGAUGUCGUUUGUGGAGGGGCACUCAUUCAAGAGCAAUGGGUGCUCACAGCAGCCCAUUGUGUCACUAUUCAGGGUACCGAUAGACCUCGGGCCCAAAAAGACAUAAUGGUUUACCUUGGGAAACACCAUAGAGCUAAUAUGGAGGACGAUGACUACGUGCAGAUCAGACAGGUUGCCGGUUGGGGCUAUGACGGUUCGGAUCUUCUCACUGCUGUCCUGACAGAGGUUCAGCUCCCGGUGAUAUCUAAUCGCUUGUGUCGUCGGGACACCGCACUUUUCACAGGGGGCUUCAGCACCACUCGUACCCUCACCUCUAACAUGUUCUGCGCUGGUCAUUCUAGAAGCACUUCUCCUCAAGUGAUACUUCAAUAUUAUAUCACAUUUGUGAAGGAUGAACGAGACAUCGAAAAUGAUGAUGUGCGUUACCAUUCAGAUUACCGAACGGUGUGUCCUGGGGACUCGGGAAGUCCUAUAGUCUUCCUCUCCAAUGCCUCACAGGACAGUUAUUGGACGGUGGAAGGAAUCGUGAGUCACUUUUUCCAGAAAGAGACUUGUUCUCUGAGGCGCCCUGGACAGUAUGGAGUUUUCACCAGAGUUAAUAGGUUCACCCGAUGGAUCGAGGAGGUUUUUGAAAACUCCUGAUGAGGGAGAACUGACGGAACUGUACGCAGAUUUGCUCAUUAAAAAAGCUGUCAGUAUGUAAUUACAAGUGUCACUUCAACGUAAUGUAGGGUCCAUUGUGGACGGGUUAAGGAAACGUUUAUCAUUGAAAUAGUACUACAGUCAUUGGUGUCACCGGAGAACUGCGUGAUUGGUUUCAAUAUUGGGUGAUUCAUCAUAGCUAUAUAUCUAUUUGCAUUUCAUAAUUGCAUAAUUUUCAAACAAUAGGUAUUUUAAUUACUGCGUGAAUUUUCACGCUGUUCCAUUUGUGGACGCCCUGGGUACAGUUUGUGGACGAUAUCAGUUUUUUUUCACAAUCAUGAACAAAGGUAAGCCUUAUGAGAAGACGUAACCAUGGAAUCUCCGAC